UGGAACGACGGCAAGGGAACUAGCACCAGCCAGGCGCGUUCGCAUGUUUUUUGUUGGGUCUGCUGGACAAAAAAAGUGCCGAGAAAACCUGGGAGAGGAGCCAAAUCUUCCCAGAUGUAACUGAAAACAGCCAUAUGGUGGAAGCGUUCUGUAAAGGAAACUUGAGCCAGUGCGUUGCCAUGGCAUCAGUGCGCUUCACGGUGACGCCCACCAAGGCGGAGGACCUCCCGGGGCUGUCCGACACGUCUCCUGACAUCAGCUCCCGCUCCGGCGCUCGCGUGCGCUUCGGCUCCAGGGAGAGCGUCAAUCGAAGUGACCCGCUCAGCGAAGGGUCGGGAGGAGGGACAACUACCGCAGGAGGAGCCGAGACGCCGGACUACAGCAAUGUGGAGCAAGCAGAUGGAAAUUCCAAAAUCUCCAGCGUGUACAUCAACAACACUCAUGGGGUGGAUGACGAUGACUUCUACGACAGAAACUUGGCCUUGUUUGAGGAGGAGAUGGACACUCGGCCGAAGGUGUCUUCUCUGCUCAAUCGCCUGGCCAACUACACCAACCUGACGCAGGGGGCCAGGGAACACGAGGAGGCCGAGAGCAUCGGCGAGAAGAAGAAAGCCAGCAAGUCGCCACAGAUGGGGACGUUUAUGGGAGUUUACCUGCCUUGCCUCCAGAACAUCUUCGGUGUCAUCCUGUUCCUGCGGUUGACCUGGGUGGUGGGAAGUGCUGGGGUGCUGCAGGCCCUCUGUAUUGUCUUCAUAUGCUGUUGCUGUACAUUGUUGACUGCAAUAUCCAUGAGUGCUAUCGCCACUAAUGGAGUGGUACCAGCGGGAGGCGCCUACUUCAUGAUUAGUCGCUCUCUGGGUCCAGAGUUUGGGGGGGCGGUGGGCCUGUGUUUCUACUUGGGCACCACCUUCGCCGGAGCCAUGUACAUCCUGGGAGCCAUUGAGAUCCUUCUGAUGUACAUAGCACCUAAGGCAGCCAUUUUUGUGUCAAAGAACCCUGAAGGCGAAGGGGCAGCCAUGUUGAACAACAUGCGGGUCUACGGCUCCAUCUGUCUCCUCCUGAUGUCCUUGCUGGUCUUUGUGGGUGUGAAGUACGUCAACAAACUGGCCUCCAUCUUCUUAGCCUGCGUCAUCGUCUCCAUAGUUUCCAUCUACAUCGGGGCGCUGGUCUCUGCCUUCAAACCGCCACACUUCCCUGUGUGCAUGCUGGGAAACCGAACUAUCAACGGCCAUGAAAUUGAUGAAAACCAAUGUGCGAAAACCAUCCUGCUGCAGAUCAAAGAGCCAGUGGAGAGAGUUGACAACUUCACACUGAUUAAUGAAACCAGCACUAUGAGCCCAACCUUUGACCCCAGCCUUGCUACCGAUUUGGUGGAGAAGACCACGUAUCUUUGGAAGCAGUUUUGCCAGGGCCCGGAAAUCAACGCCACCUGUGACCAAUACUUCCUUUCCAACAAUUUUUCUGAGAUCGAAGGGAUUCCCGGUCUGGCCAGUGGGAUCAUUUCAGAGAACCUGUGGAGCUCCUACCCCAGUCGUGGGGACGUGUUGGAGAAAGCCUCCCUUAUCUCCACUCACGAUGCACAUCCGGCCUCCACUCAGCAGCCUUAUGUGUUUGCUGACAUCACCACCUCCUUCACACUGCUGGUGGGAAUCUUCUUCCCCUCCGUCACAGGAAUCAUGGCUGGUUCCAACCGGUCGGGCGAUCUGAAAGAUGCCCAGCGCUCCAUCCCCAUUGGAACCAUUCUCGCCAUCCUCACCACCUCCAUCGUCUACCUGAGCAGCGUUGUCUUGUUUGGAACCUGCAUCGACGGGGUGCUCCUCAGAGACAAGUUUGGCGACUCAGUCAAAGGGAAUCUGGUGGUGGGGACUCUGGCUUGGCCGACUCCCUGGGUCAUUGUGAUUGGCUCUUUCUUCUCAACAUGUGGCGCAGGCCUCCAGUCGCUGACCGGUGCUCCCCGACUUCUACAGGCCAUUGCCAAGGACAACAUCAUCCCCUUCCUCCGGGUGUUUGGCCAUGGGAAGGCUAACGGGGAGCCCACCUGGGCCCUGCUGCUCACAGCCCUAAUAGCCGAGCUGGGGAUUCUCAUCGCCUCUCUGGACCUGGUGGCUCCCAUCCUUACAAUGUUCUUCUUGAUGUGUUAUCUGUUUGUGAACCUGGCCUGUGGCCUCCAGACCCUCCUGAGGACGCCCAACUGGAGGCCGCGCUUUUCCUAUUACCACUGGACCUUGUCGUUUUUGGGGAUGACUAUCUGCCUGGCACUCAUGUUCAUAUCCUCCUGGUACUACGCAAUCGUUGCCAUGGUGAUCGCUGGCAUGAUCUACAAGUACAUUGAGUACCACGGAGCGGAGAAAGAGUGGGGGGAUGGGAUCCGCGGUCUCUCGCUCAGUGCUGCCCGAUAUGCCCUCCUGAGGUUGGAAGAGGGACCACCGCACACCAAGAACUGGAGGCCCCAGGUGUUAGUCUUACUAAAACUGGACGAGGACGCCCACGUCAAGUCUCCUCGCCUGCUGACGUUUGCCAACCAGCUGAAGGCGGGAAAGGGCCUAACCAUCGUUGGCACCGUCGUCUCUGGAAACUUCCUCCAAAGCUACGGCGAGGCCCUCGCUGCUGAACAGACUCUGAAGCACCUGAUGGAUAAGGAACGUGUGAAGGGCUUCUGUCAGUGUAUCGUGGCCCAGAAGCCGCGUGAAGGUAUCAGCCACAUGAUCCAGUCCAGCGGCCUGGGAGGAAUGAAGCCCAACACUGUGGUGAUGGGCUGGCCUCACGCCUGGAGGCAGAGCGAGGACCCACAGUCCUGGAAGACCUUCAUCAACACAGUGCGGGUGACCACAGCAGCCCACUUGGCCCUGCUGGUGCCCAAAAACAUCUCCCUGUUCCCCAGCAACAGUGAGCCCUGCACAGAGGGCUACAUCGACGUCUGGUGGAUCGUCCACGAUGGGGGGAUGCUAAUGCUGCUGCCCUUCCUGCUGCGCCAACACAAAGUGUGGCGUAAGUGUGGAAUGCGAAUCUUCACAGUGGCCCAGAUGGAGGAUAACUCCAUCCAGAUGAAGAAGGAUCUGGCAACCUUCCUCUAUCACCUACGCAUUGAGGCUGAGGUGGAAGUAGUUGAGAUGCAUGACAGUGACAUCAGUGCAUACACCUAUGAAAGGACCCUGAUGAUGGAGCAGAGGUCUCAGAUGCUCAGACAGAUGCGACUGUCUAAAUCAGACCGGGAAAGAGAGGGAAAUCCUGGUAGCGGCAGCAGUAGGCCAGAGGCAGGUGGAGCUACAAGGUCUCAGGUGUAUCUUUCCCCCAGCUACAUGAGUGCUGGAGUCAGCAACACCUCUAACACCUCCAUAGGAGACAGAGACAGACGGGCUCAGCUGGUGAAAGACCGUAACUCCAUGCUGCGGCUGACGAGCAUCGGAUCCGACGAUGACGACGACACCGACGGCGGGGAGCGAGACAGGGCGACGAGCGCUGGUAGCGGUGGCGGCGGCGGCAGCGGUGGCAGCGCCGAGCAUCACCGAAGAGUUCAGAUGACCUGGACCAAAGAGAAGACCUCGCAAUACAGAGCCACCCACUCUGGCUGCUCCACACCGGAGGGAUUCAGAGACAUGCUCAGCAUCAGGCCGGACCACUCGAACGUCAGGCGGAUGCACACCGCCGUCAAGCUCAACGAGGUCAUCGUCAACAAAUCCCAUGAUGCCCGGCUCGUCCUGCUCAACAUGCCAGGGCCACCCAGGAACACGGAGGGAGACGAGAACUACAUGGAGUUCCUCGAGGUCCUAACGGAAGGAUUGGAGCGCGUUCUGUUGGUCAGAGGUGGAGGAAGUGAAGUCAUCACCAUCUACUCCUGAUUGGACAAAACGGAGGAAGCCAGCGUUAAAGACGCAGCCAAUCACGCAGAAGUGAGCGAAGGGAGAGAUGGUGCGGGCCUGUGAGCUCUGGGGGGGGGGGGGGGGGGCAUCAGUUGUCACGCCUAACACCUCCCUCCCCUUCAGCCCCUUUCUUUUCAUCUUUACUCGUUUCUGUCACAACAAGGGUUUCCAUUCCACUUAUGUCAAGCUACAGUAAUGCCAACACAAUUCCACGAACGAGCAAAAAAAUAAGUGUGUGUGUUCCACCUGAGGGAGGUAUGGUUUGUUGGAGAAGGGGACCAGUGUUGUGUUUGUUGGGGGCGGGGGGCGUUCCACUGACGAGACUCAGGGUUGCUUUUUGUGCAGAAUGCAUUUUGGAAGCAGAUGUGAGUGCUCUGAGAGUAGGCUGAAUGCAUGGAAUUAGUGUUUUCUGUAGGUUUUUUUUCUCCUUGAAAACACAGUGAAGUUUAUUACAAUACUACUUAAUAACAGUGUGUCAAAGGAAGGGAGGAGCCUCUAGUAGUGUGCGUUUCUGUUUACUUGAAAGUGUAACAUUUUUAAGAAAAAAAUGGUUAUCAUUUAAUUGCAUAUCAAUAGGGGCCUCCUUUCUUAGCUUAUCCACCAUAUACAUUAGUAAAUGCACAAUCCAAUUUGUUUUAUCCAAAGUGGAUACUGAAUUAUUUUCUAAUUGGUAAACAGUGUUGGUCUGAACUUGCUGCUUUUUCUCACAAUCUAUUCUCCUGUAUGGAGUCCAAUUUUGCCAGGAAAAGGUAAAAAGAUAAAACGGUCAUGAUGAAAAUAAAAAUGCUCAACAUUUGCGUUUGCCAGCUCUUAAUUUUGACUCACCGUACAUUUGACUUCCUAACUCAAAUUAAAACUAUGAAAAGUGAAACUUGUGAAAUAAUACAUUUAAAAUGAUUAGAUCUAUAAAAAUAUCAAUUUUCAAUUGUACUUCCUAAGUCAAAAUUAAAAGAUACAAAGUCAAAAUGAUGACUUGCUUAGUCAAAGUUAUUGGAUGAAAAAAAAGUCCAAAGUCAUAAUUAUGAGGUCAACCAAAUUUUUGUCUUACUCAGACAAAAUUGUGACUUAGUAAGGGAAAUUUAUGAGAUAAAAAAAAAAAUCUAAUUUGAGAUAAAAAAAAAAAAAAAAAGUCUAAAAUACUUAAAUCAAAAUUAUGAGAUAUGACUUUUUAUCUCAUCAUUUUGACUUGGUCACUCAGUCUUUUUGAGUUUCUUAGUAAAAAUAGGCUUCUAUACAGCUGCUACUCCAUAUUUUGAAGAAAACGGAUUACAGAAGUGAUUUACAUUUACCAAGUGACACAUACCUUUAUCUGCAAAACAGUCAAACACCAGCAGUGUGCUCUGCUAAUAAUGGAAAUAGGAAUCCGUUAUUUAUACCAAGAUGAGCUGUCUUUAUGCUCAACAUUUACGGAUUUGUGAGGUCUUCUCUGUCGUGCCAUAAACUGGCCCACGUCGGACUCAGAUUGCAUGUGAAUAGUCAUGUUAGAGUAGACAAUGACGUAGAGGCGUAUGGCGUAGAGUGUGUUUGAAAAAAGUGGGGUCAGACUUUGUGGGUGUCGUUGUGAAGGCCAGUAUUGUUGACACUCUGGACCAUCAUGGAGAGGACCAUUGCAUUGCAUGCUGUCAAAAUGUCAAUGGGAG